AGCCACUCUUUUCCCGUGCAUAUAUGGACACCCAACUCCCCAUGCCACCCUUCACAACGGCUUGACUCCCUUAAUUCCUUUCCCUUACUUCUCCCUCUUCGUGGGCUUUGAGUUGGUGGUGAUGGAGAUUGAGAAAAAAGGAAAGACCCUUCUCAUGUUUUUCCUGUUCGUAGGACUGGUUUCUCAUGAAGCGGUCACACCAGUUAAGUGUAGGAAACUUGAGAGUUUUGCUGACCAGAAGAACUACUACUCCCCGGAUCCACAUGCACCGAGCCAUCCCAGACACUCACACAAUGCUCCUUCUUGCGGAACACCGCCGCACGGCGGCACGCCAACGCCAACUCCAACACCAUCCCAUGGAUCAGGUGGUGGGUACUACAAUCCACCUUCUGGUGGUGGCCACUACAACCCGCCAUCUGGUGGUGGGUACUACAAUCCACCUUCUGCACCGGUCGUCGUCACCCCUCCUUCCUCUCCACUGGUUCCUCUCGACCCUCCAACUCCAUUAACUCCGGGGAUCUCCACGCCUCCGGCGCCACCGUUUAUGCCGAAUCCAAACGUCCCUCCAUUCUUCCCUGGCACCUGCGACUACUGGAGGACCCAUCCAGCAGCGAUAUUUGGCCUCUUUGGUUACUGGUGCAACAUCGGCCAGUUGUUCGGGUUGCCGGCUACUUCGGCUCUCGGGAGCAACCUUAGCUUACCGGAGGCACUGGCGAACACUCGCAGCGAUGGCUUCGGGGCUCUCCUCCGCGAAGGGACGGCUUCUCUUCUCAACUCCAUGGUGAACCAGAGGUUCCCCUUGACGACGCAGCAAGUGAGGGACGCUUUUGCGGAUGCUUCGGUGUCCAACAGGGAUGCUGCAGCCCAAGCCCAGGUCUUCAAGAAGGCUAAUGAGGGCCAUCUCAAGCACAAUUAGUAGUGUCUUCUAAUAUUUUCCUUUAAUGGUGCAUGCGUUUUGGUUGUAGUUCGUCUAAUGAGCUUGGUUAGUGUGUACGUACGACUGUGAUCUUCUUAGUGUGUUGUCUUGUGUCAAAGCUUCGUAAUUUCGAUUGUAGUGUGAUGUUGUGCUGGAGAGUGGAAAUGGUAUUAAAAAUGCAACAUGAGCAUAUAUUGGAGUGGACCAGACCUAGAACAAGUCUAUGCAAAAUAAAGAAGGUCAAAUGCCAACCAUUAUGUCUUCCAGACA